CCUGAACAAAUAUUAUUUAAAACUUCCAAAACAAAAUUUGUCUUCUAUUUUGACAUUCAGUCCAAGCUAUAUACCAUUAGUCUUCCACACAAUAGCCUAUUAUAUAUUGGUAAUUACUGUCAGUAGUCCUUGAAAUACCCCAGACCGCCUCUCUGCUUGCUUUGCCUGUAUAAAUAGUUGAACAAAAGCCCUAUUUGGAACAAGGGACGAAACUCAAACCCGUGGAGUGAUUGGUAACCGGACACUGCCACGAAAGGAGCCAGCACGCUUUGCUUUGGUGUCUGAGAAGCUCUCCAGGUGAAGAACUAAAGUGGGAAGAAGAGGAGGAGAAAGAGGAGGACCCAAGGUGGAGCACUCCCACAGCUUGAAAACCUCCACGGAGUUUGGUGUGUUUGUGUCUGUCUUUCUCUCUCUUUAAGGAUGCGGGUUGGAGAAGGGAGGCGGUUGAUAUCCUGCGUGGUCCUGGUGGUGGUACUUCAAGCGUUGCAGUGCUAUGGAGCUUGCGUGGAGGUUGACUCGGACACAGAAGCGGUCGUUCACGAGGGUUUCAAACUUGGCUGUAUCUUCUGUAAGAUGAGAGGGGAGGUGCAGGCCAUGGCCUCGGUGGAGUGGUAUUUCAUGGCAGCAGACGAGACUGAGUACUCCCUACUGUACACGUAUGAGGACAAAGCUGGCAACAUCAUGGACCCGCGCUUCGACUUUCGUCUGGCCUGGAACGGCAGCAAAGACACGAUCGACCUACAGGACGGCUCCAUCUACAUCCUGAACGUGACCUACAAUGACACGGGGACGUACCGCUGCGUGUUCCAGAGGACGCUGCUCUACUCUAACUAUAGGUGCCAGACCAACAACAGCAAGACCGUGCAACUGCAUGUAGUGUCCAAAUUGACCAGAGGAAUGGCAUCCAUCUUGUCAGAGAUCAUGAUGUAUGUGUCCAUCAUCGGGCUGCAGUUCUGGCUCGUGGUGGAGAUGAUCUACUGUUACCGGAAGAUCGCGGCGGCCGGGGAGGAGGCCCUGAGAGAGAGCGCGGCUGAGUAUUUAGCUAUAGCGUCGGAAAGUAAGGAUAACUGUGCAGCCGAGCAGGAGGCAGAAUAGCACUGGUCUAGGAGGAAUUCAAGAAGAGUUUCGGUGAAGUGAGCUGCGUUCAUGCAUUUUUCAUGGACUCUCAAGACCUUCCACCAUCACCGGCACAUGCUCACCCCUCCACGUGAUGAGCCCCACGCAACGCACUCAGACUGGGGCACGAGCUAUGGACUUCAGCUUGGACCAGGACAGGGCAUCACCGGAGCACUGGAGGCUUGUACAUAUGUGUAAACACCAAGGACUCCCAUGUACUUUAUAUAUACAGGACAUGAUAGGUGCGCACAAUGUGUAGUCACUAUUUGCAUGAAAGCUUUGAAAAGAUAACAUGCUACUGGUGGUUUGUACAUUAAUCUGUCACACGUAUUAUAGACGAUACAAUUUGAAAAUAUCGGUUUCAAAUGUUUAAAAUAUUUUCCAGGAUUUGUUGUUAAAGAGGGGGUGUUAAGCGACUUUUUUUUUUACCAUUUUAUUAAGUUAUCUAGUGAUCUCUCCCGGCCCUAUCAGCAGCACGAUCCUAUUAAAAAAAACCAAAAAAAACUGAAACUUAUUACACAUUUUAAUGCGUAAUUUUUGGGAAACAUCUCAUUUUCAAAGCAAUAAAAGGUAAUAUUGUGUGCAGUUAAUGCCCCAUAGAAGUGUAACACCCCCUCUUUAAACUACAGGCUUAGCUAUAUGCACUCACAUAACUUCUGUUCAAAAAUUAGAGGUGCAUUAUGUAACUUUUCUGGUGGAGGGUCUGCCACUUGCUUGGAGAAGUUUAGAAUGUUCCACAGUAUGGCAUUAAUUCCAUCUAACUCCAAUGAGACAAACAGACCAGCAGGUCAAAUCUGUGGACAGUUAGAAAAAUUUAGGCUUUUUUAAGGUAUUUUAGAGCAAUGAAAAAAUGCCUAUAAUGAAAUAAAGUUUGCCUGAAAUGUUUAAUACUUCCAAACAAAGCUGGAGACACGCAGGUAGUGUACUCUCUUACAGAAAAGUUACGCAGUGGACCUUUUUUGCCACAACAAAAUGUCUAAACUAGUUCAAAGCAAUCUGCAAUAGUAAGUGUUUUCUACGUGCACUAUGAAUACAAAUCAGAGAAGCCCAAAUAGAUCUACAAAAACCUCGUUUGUCAAAGUUUACAUGUAUAUCCUGGCAAAGUCAUGACAGAACAGUAUUUUGUGCAUGUAGCUAUAGUCCUAAAGAACACUGCCAAUCAUAGAAGUACUGCUAAUGCACAUUGUUGUACGUGUCUGUUCUGCCUGUCAUACAUCAUCACUCUUAUAAGAGAGAAACCAAUACACUGCCCAAUAUUAACUUUUUUCCCCCUAAGAAUAUUGGCUAUUGUCUUGAUUACAGGGCGAUAAUAUUAUAUCACCUGAGUUCAGAUGGGUGUGACUGACAGGUGGAAUGUGGUAUCAAAACAAAUAUGGCUGCUUAAGAGGAAAAAAGAAAGGAAAAACUAUCACAGGGGACAUCACAGAUUUCGGUAUUGCAGAAUUUGGCAGAAUCAGUGAGGUGAGAGAAAUUUCAUUUGGUCCGAAUUGAUGACAAUAAGAUCCUUUGUUUCACAUGACCCUUGUGAGUUCAUAUUUCCGCAACCUGACAUUAAGUAAUACAGGAAUACAUAUAGAUAUUAACUGCCUAUGGUAACUUUGCAAAAAUGAUAAAAACCUGCAGCCAUCAGAGCCAUCAAAGUAUCAACAGAGUAUCAGCCACUGUUGCUUUGGAAUGUAAAAGUCACCCUCAGUCACCCUCUUAUAUUUACUGCCAUUUUAUAUGUUGAACUCAAAGGGUGGCAAAAGACUUUAGGAUUUGCACUGUGUAAAGUACUGAUGACUCAUAUGAACAGGGAAACUUACCACUGCCCACUGGAGCGUUGAACAACUCUUGUUUUUCGUGUUCUGUUCACAAUGCUAUCAUAAUUUUACUGAAUGUAUAAUAAUAUCAAGUUUGUCCCUGAUGGCUUGCUGUAAAAAGACACUGCAGGACAAUUUUGCACAUUUAACCUGCAAAGAAACUGCCAAACCCUAAGUUCUUACUGGCCAACAAAUAAUAUGAUCAUUUAAAGGUGUGCUGUGUAACUUUUGUGGUGUAGGGUCUGCCACCUGCUUGUCUACAUGGAAGUGUUAUUGCUUUAUCUGGAAUAUUCUACAGCAUGGUGGGCCAAGUUACAGGUCAGAUCUGUGGAAAGGCAGUGACCACGCUAACAGUAUAAACACAUGUAUUUCGAGGUAUAUUUGAGCAAUAAAAACAUCUGUAAUUAAAUAAAUGCAAAAAUGAUAAGUUGGUAUAUUCUUGAUAAAGCAAUACCUUCUCCAUGGAGAUGAGUGGGAAGUGGACUGUUCCUCAAGUCAUCUUUAAAUAUCUUUAAAUAAGGCCUAUCCAGCAAUCAUGUGCAGUCUACCACUUUAAGGAAUUCUACAGUCCAUUAGCUCAUAAACUCAAGCUUAGAGAGGCAUGAAGACUUCUGCCCACUCAAAUGCUCCAGAUUAAUUUGUAUAGAAUAACAAAAGCGACUUAUCCAAAAGCCUGAUGUCAAUUUCAACUGAGUAUUUCCUCAGUGAAACAAACACAAUCUUUUUUCUAUAACGUACUAUCACACCAAUGUCUUAAUGUUUUGUAGUUACUAAAGGGCUUUGGUUAAUUUGCUACAGUCAAACUGCCGUGGGCAAAAGUUCCACUAAAUAUAUCCAGUGUGCCUCCCUAAGUGAACACAAAAAUGAUACCAAAUAUAAAGGAAAAGACAAACCUUGUGAAGGUUCUUAUGGCGACCACAAGAUGGCAGCCAACCACAGCUGUUUUGCAUGAUUUUGUACUGCCACCUGUUUGAUACACUUUGAAAUACUUUGCAGCUGAGAUCAUCAACAUCUAACUUACUCAAAUUAGACUUUAAUCUGAUUUGUUUAAAACCAUUUUGUAUUUUUUCUUGACUUUUCAGGCAAUCUAAAAACUUAUCAGGUCAUGGUUGCUAAUAUGUGCAUUAUGUACAUGGUUACUGAUGAACAUUCUGCCAUAGACAUACAUGCAGUAUCCUACUUUCAGCAUGAUGUCACUGCAAAGUAUCAUUCAUUUUUAACUGGAUGUGAGCUACAACUGGGACUUUAAUGCAAAUGAAAAAGUGCAGACAUUAUAGGAUGGGAUGCUUCUUAAUGAAAUCUUCUGUAGGUACCAUUAACUGGCCCUAAUUGUGCUCGUGUCUCCAAAUCUCCAGUUGUCAUUUCACUCAGUGUGCAAAUGUUGCUAGCCAAACGAUAUAAAAAAAAUUAAAUGUAUAGAAAUAU